AUGUCUGAACCAGAUCCUACGGCUGGCCGUACAAUCAUAUGGAUCAUCACGUUCCUUUUGUUAAUUUCUAUUGUUGCUGGAGGUGGCUGCCUUUUGACCUACUUGCUCGUUCCUAAUUCUCAAUCCUCGAUUUUCCUUCCAACUAUUGGCUUUACCCUGGUUUGCAUGCCUUGGAUAUUUUGGAUCAUAAUAGUAGUAUAUCGGUUCACAUCAAGGGUCUUUGGAUUCAGGAUGGUAAUUGAUAGCUUGUAUGGUAAUGGUAAUGCUGCACCCAAAAGUUCUGGCGACGGUGUCGGAGCCAAUGAUAUUGGUGGAGCACAAAUUCUUGAUGUUAGUGCCAAGUCUCCACCAAAUUCUCCCAAGACUAAUGGAAAGCCCUCUCAAAUUGGUGCGGCUAAAAAUGUUGAUAUUGGUCAAGAAAAUAGUACCAGGAGAGAUGGUAGCUAUUCUUCAAACAAGUCAAAUCAUAUAUCUACUACUUCACGUGAAAUUGAAAAGCCAUUGGUCUUAUCAAUGCCGUCGUGA